AGGUCAUGAAAGAAAGAAUGAGGGAUGAUUAAUAUCCGCUAGUGUCUUAACGUCAAUUAACAUAUCCCUUAAUACUCGCUCCCUCUCUUCUCUUUUUUUUCCCUUCCACCCUUUCUAUUCUUUGUCUUACUCAUCCUGCUUAAUUUUCCAUCUCUCUCUCUUCUUUUGUCUCCUCUCCUUUUCUAUUCUAUCUGCAUUUUUUUUUUCUUCCUGCUAGGCGUUGCUGCAAUAAAUCCUUCAUGUCGACGGAUAAGGGUCGGCCUUUGCCGAAAUUUGGAGAAUGGGAUGUGAAUAAUCCUGCAUCUGCUGAAGGAUUUACUGUAAUAUUUAGCAAAGCCAGAGAUGAGAAAAAAUCUAAUGCAACAGGAGGGGCAGGAGCAGCCUCACAGAGGAACAAUAAUCUCCACAAACCUGAAGAAAAAUUCCAGGAUCCACCAGCAAAGAAAUGGUUUUGCUGUUUCUGAAACUGUGAUACAUUGGAGAUGAAAAAAACAAAGAAUGUAAUUUGACAAUUGAGCCAUGAAAGUUGAAGCUUUUCGUACUUUCCAAUUCACAGCAGCCUGGGAACAAAUGCUGGUUACAACCUUACCCCUCCCAUCCGAUCUUUAACUGAUUUGUUUCAUGUUCUCUCUCCUAGUAUUUUCUUAUAUAUAUAUAUGUAAUCUAGGAAAAGAACAAUUUGGUCAUAAAACAUGUAUAACUGUGAUUAACCUUUCCUAAUGUUCUUGUAAUUUCAUACAACUUUAGUUCAGCUUAGCUAACCCUGUAUUAUUCACCAGUGAUUAUGGCAGUCUUUCUUUUCUACAUUUUGGCUUCA